GCUACCUUUUAAGUGUCUAUCAGCAUAAAACACUACAUUUGGGUGGAUCGGUGAUGCAGUUCUAAUAUUAUAAAAUUCGAGCAUCGGUAGUCAUAUUGCAGUUAUAUUUACCUGAAUAAUCAACAUGGAUGUAGCAAUCUGUGUGAUGCUCAUUAAUUGUUUUUGUUGUAAUAUCAACGACAUUCCACUAAGUAGUGUCCCGCCUGGAUAUAAUACAUGUACGCAGGACUGUUCAACUGUCAACAUCGAUGCAAUCGCUGAACAUUCAGACACACUAUUGGUGCAGUUAGAUGACCAUGUGAAUUGGUACUUCCCGAAUACAAAGGCAACAUUGGAAGAGUAUCAACGCCAAGGAAUUAAUGAUGAGGAGGCGAUGGAGCUCAAUUUUUCUCCAAAGCUUCUUCGAGUUAACGAGGAAAGAAAAUAUUCCGAUGUGGUUGAAAUCAAGAGACUAGGAUGUUACAUGGACACGCUCGCGCACAAACAACAGCUAUCUCGAAAGAAGAGGCAAACAUCCCCUGGAUCUAAAGACAAAGUUUUAGCUGAUGUUCGUGAUGUGACACUUCAAUGUUCUACUGAUAAAGAACCAAUCAAGAGUUGGUAUGGUUAUUCACAGAACGGGCGUUAUGGUCGACUCAGCAUGGGGACGGACAUAGCGAACAAUGUGAUGACCUUCAAAUAUUCGGUGGAUGCCGUUAGUGAUGAUCUUAGUGUUACUAAUGCUGGUAAAGAUGACGCGGGAAGAUAUCUCUGUUAUUCUUGGAGUUCUAAUGCAGUUACAGCUGAUGUAUACCUUACAUGGGCAGAACCUCAGAGGUGCAGCGUAGCCGGCGUCCUUCUUUACAACGAAGGGGAUGACAUCGUACUACAGUGUGCAGUCGAUUACUUUGGUGUAAAACCUGCAAAUGAGGGCGCCUUACCCGUUAUUGUUUGGUACCACGGUGACGAUGUUAUCUCCGAAGGGAUCGUAUCACAACAUACCACAAUCAAUAUCAGACCAGAGCCGAUCCUGAGUGCAGAUGUGACAGUGGUGUCAACAGUUACCCUUUCUGCAGAUUUUGGGAUAGACGGGACGCGUAUUGAGUGCAAGUACAGGUUGGAAGCUGAGUUGCCGGAAGUCCAAAUUUGUGCUGCUUUGAUAGACGUCACUCCCACACCACCUACUCCACUUGAAUACCCAUCUGAUCGUGUGAUUUUCCCUCGGGAUGAACCCUCCUCAUCAGUCCUGCUAAACUGCACAGUCGACCCAAACGAUGUGAGAUACCACAUGUGGCGAGGAUACACUCCAAGACUAGAGUCGGUGAAUAACAGUCGCAUCUCUAUCAAUGACAGAAUCACAUCACUGGUACAAGACGCUUACUUCUUAACAGAUUCGUAUGGACUGCUGAUCCCGGAAGCCUCAAUUGAAGACGCUGGAAAAUACAUUUGUUCAGACUUCAUCAAAGGGGACAUAGCAUCCGCUAAUAUAGUAGCUUUGGUUCCGGGAAUAUGCCAGCCCGAUGCGACAAUACGUGUGACUACAGGGACAAACUAUGAAAUCGGAUGCUCCGCGGAAGUGUUUGGAACAAUUGCAUCUGAUCUUCGACCUAAGCUAACCAUUUUCCAAAAUGGUGACAUUUUAGCUGAAACUGACGACAUCAGUGGAGUCAUCGCUGGACAGAUGAAUAUUGCAAUUUCGAAAGAGGCAGAGGUUGCUUUCGAUGGAGCAGUCCUCACAUGCAGUAUCUCAAUAAAUGGGCUGUUGGAUUCGAAAGAACUGUGCAGAUACACAUUGGCAGUACAGGAUGUUGAUGAUAAGAAACAGGAUAAUGACAGUUGCUUAGCAACACCAGGGCUGUGUUUGACGUCAGAUGAUAUUAACCUCUGUGAUUGUGCAGAUGCCAGCGUACCAGGGACACCGGACACAUGUUUACCCGUAGAACAGUGUGAAAUGUUGGAUGACUUAGCUUGGGAGGAUGGACCAGAUCCUCUGUGUACGUCUUUAGAGGACGUGGUUUAUGGUGAAUGUGAGGAUGACGAUGAUUAUUAUCUCGAUGUUGGCGCUUACAACUGCACUGGUUUUGAUACAGACGUUGAUGAUGAGCCAUGUACAGAUUCUUUGGAAACGGUGGAACUAGCCUGCGAAUGCUUGCCGGGAUAUGUAGGGGAUGGGAUCAGUUGUCAAGAACUGAGUGUAUAAAAGGAUGGACUACAUUAAAUUAACCUAAAUGACCUGUACAUAAAGAAGGUACCCCUCUAAUUGGAAAUAAUUGGUAUCGUUGUUGACAAAAUACAGUUGGAGAGCACAUGGACGGUGAAAGAAGCUCCAAUUCGAAGAAUAUUCAAUGAACAAUUAAUCUUGAAAUGAUCUAGAAUAUGGUCAAAUAUAAUCAUGUGUACAUGUAUGUCUUUACUACAACUCAGCUAGCCCUCCUUUAAGGAGGGACUCGUGGUAAACAAAGUACAAUAUAUAACAUAUAGACUGACACCUGCUUUUCUUUACAUUUUUAUUCAUUUAGAGUGAUAUAUCUAGAUUGACACCGUUUUGCCAUAUUUGAUAUAGCCAAGAAUUACAAUGGCUGGGGUCACCAAUUUUAUAAGCUUCCAAUGCAAAAAAAUAAUGUGAUAAGGUUUUUAUGGUAAUAAAUUCAUGAUCAUAUACAACGCUAUGGAUGAUUUUAUAUCUCAAAACAACGUUUGAUUCGGCUUGUGGUGAUUUCUAUAUA